UAUCGCUCUCAGUCACAGAUGAGUCCGAAAGGGAGGGGUCUGAAAGUGAGGUAUAUAUUUUGUAUUCAUUGUAACUGCAUUACUAGACUUCUUGUAGUACUAGCAUUACUAGACUUCUUGUAUUACUAGCAUUACUAGCAUUACUAACAUGUAUAUAUGUAUUUUCAGAUGAGUAAGAAGAGUACGCCAGAGAGAGAACCGAGUUACCAAUCGCGCUCAAUCUCAGAUGAAUCCGAAAGUGAGGUAUAUAUUUUGUAUCAUUGUUACUGUUAGUGAGAAAUGAUGACUUGUAAUUAGUAGUACUAAUAGACUUCUUGUAUUACUAGCAUUACUAAGUACUAGCAUUACUAAGACUUCUUGUAUGUAUUUUCAUUGCAGGAGGAAAUGCAACCACCGCAAUCCCUUGAGUUAUACUUCAAAAGCAGUGAGUUCACGAAGAUUUGCAAGAUACAAACCAAGUGCUAUGUGAGCGCGACAGUAAAAGUCAUCAAGGAGACGCUUAAGAAGGAUCAGGCCGAAUGGUUCACGAGCCAUUCCCAGUUUCGACAUUUCUUUCACACGCCAGAGGAACCAAACUUGAAGCUCCAAGGGAUGUGGAUGUUACUCCUGCACACCAUUUGUACUCCAGAAGAUGAUGUUGCAUGGUUUGCGGUUAAUGGUGUACCCAUCCGCUAUUCUAUGAGGGAGCACGCCCUCAUCUCUGGCUUAGACUGCACUGAGUAUCCGAGAAAAUAUAAGAAGAUCGGGGGUCAUGAGUUCGUGAAUUACUACUUCCAUGACAUAGAGAAGAUCACCAUCACUGAUGUGAAGCAGAAGCUGUUGUCUAUGCCGGAUUGUCCAGAUAAAUUGAAGAUGGUUGUCUUGUUUUUCCUUGGUACUGUUAUCAGAGGAAAGCCAAGGUAUGAGGGAAAUUUAGACUCCUUCAUAUUGAGGAUGGUGGAUGAUUUGGAUGCUUGCAAAACAUUUCCCUGGGGUCGUCUAACAUUUGAAGAUUCAAUAAGGGAGAUUAAGCGUGUGAUGAACCAAUUAAAGGGAGAAGUGACAAAAGAUGCAGUCUCCUUUCCUGGUUUCAUAGUCCCCUUAGAGAUUCUGGCUUUUGAGUGUAUUCCUGCUCUGGGGAAAGAGUUUAGAAUCUAUCAAAAGAAUCCUUGUGCGGACUGUCCAAGGAUGUGCAAGAGCCGGUUUACAAAGACCAGUAUGAGGGGCUAUCCUUUGGAAGACAUAUACCGAGCGCUUGGAGACACAAAGACUAUUCACAGUGUGUUGGAACCAAAUAUUGGUGAGGAAAUGUUGUUGGCUCGUAUCAUUGACUUGGAACGAGAGUAUGACCGUCAGGGCAGCCCAAGCGAGACUUGGAACCAUUGGUUAACUGUGAAGCAGAAGAGUAUUUGGUGGGAAGAGCUGUAUGAUUUAGAUCAAGCUGCACGAGUGUUUACAAAAAAGAAGGACAAAGAAAAGGUGACGUUUGCAGAAGCAUCAUCCUCUGAUUCGAGCUUGCAAGGUCUGGAAAAUAGGCUUUUGGAUUUCAUGGGAGAAGCAUUUGUUGGACUUAACUUUACGGUGGAGACAAAGCUGGAGGCUGUUGAUUUGAGGCUGGGUGGAAUUGAAAAGAACCAGCGGCUGUUGAGAUGCAGGGCUAAAAAAAUAGAAAAAAGGCUAACAUCUAUCGAGAAUAAGGUGAGUGAGAAGCCGAAUCGUGGUGAAGACAUGGAUUUUGGACAGUGCGAUGGUACGGAUUUUGGACAGUGGGAUGGGAAGGAAAAAGAUGAUGCUGAGGAAGAAGAGAAGGAGAAGAGUGGCAAAGAGAAGGAGAAGAGUGGAGAGGUUGAUAAAGAUAAGGAAAACAGCGAGACUGAUGAGGAAAAUGAUAGUGAGCGAGAGUUGAACGAACUGAAGGAGAGAUGUAGAGUACAGGCUGAUGAACUAUGGAGGGAAGUAGAGGCAGCUGAGGCUGAAGAGGAUCAAGCAAAUGACGAAAGGAAAGAGGCUGCAACCAAUGAGGAAAGCAUUGAGAAUAGUGAGGAUGAUGAGAAAGUGGAAGCAUCUGAGUCUCCAAACAGUGAGCCUCGUUUUGAGUCUCCGAUCAAUGUGCCUCGUUUUGAGUCUCCGAUCAAUGAACCUCGGGUUGAGGCAGAUAAAACUCCAACACCACCAUCUGGUGGUAGGACUAAGGCAAUGGCUGCGAGGAGAGUAGUGGUGGUGGAAGCCAAGGAAAAAGCUAUUGAGGAAGUUGUGGAGUUAGAGGAAAAAACUAGUGAGAAAGCUGUGGAGGCAGAGGAAAAAACUAGUGAGACAGUUGUGGAGGCAGAGGAAAAAACUAGUGAGAAAGUUGUGGAGAGGAUGGAUGGGACCAAGGAAGCUACGAGGCCUAGGAUCAGGCAUAGAUGCAAGGAGAAGACAAUGACGUCUGGCAAACCGACUCCUAAGAGGAGGGGCAGACCAAGGAGGAGUAUUGCUGAUGCUGCACCAAAGAAGAAUGAUUGCACACCACAUGCAUCUAAGAGAAGAGGGAAGAGGAAGUGUGAACCAUCACAGUGGUGCAGACUCCUUUCACGAGGGGGAAGAAGCCUAAAACAAAGGCUUAGCCUAGGAGAAGCCUUAUGUAUUUAAGAUGUUAAUUUAAGUAUUUUGGAUGUUUAAAAAUUGGUAGGAGAAUGCUUUAUGUUUGGAUGUUACUUAUAAUGCUUUUGAAUGUUGGUAUGUUGCAAAAGACAGGUUUGGAAAACUAUAUUUACAGAUGUUACUAUGGCCAAAAAUGAAUUAGUUGGAUAACUGGAUUUAAUGGGAGAUUAUUGAGACCAAACCAAAAUAUGUAAACAUGUAAAAUGCCAAAAAAUAGCA